AUUUUGUUGUGGAUAUUGUUUCUGAAUGUAUAUCAUAAUUAUAUGAAUUCUAUGGAAGCUGUGAAUUUCUCUAUGGAAUACAAUUAGAAGGGUUUUAUUACAAUGUAUAUUGUCAAAAGAAAUUCAUUUUGUAAACAACUGUAAGGCUGGAAGUUUUAGUGAAGGUGCAUAGUUUACAAGCUACUCAGGUGAAAAGCAGACUUACUGUUUUUAAUUUUGCUGUUACAUGCUAAGUUACUUUGACAGCAAUUUUCUAAUGAUGAUGUGAUUUAUGAUUUAAAAGGCCUGAACCAAAAUGGAAGUUAUUCCUUGCGUCUGAAGUAUAGCACCAUCACCUUAUUAGGUCACAGCAGAGUGAGUGUCCAAUGUCGCUCUGACCCAACUCCCUUGAUGAUGCAGUGUGUGUUUGGAGAAUCCAGAUUCCAAAAUGAUGCAAAUCAACCUGACUGGGUUUUUGAAUGGAAAAAAUGCUAGAGAGUUCAUGGGUGAACUGUGGCCACUGCUGCUAAGUGCACAAGAAAACAUAGCUGGUAUUCCCUCUGCUUUCCUGGAGCUGAAGAAAGAAGAGAUAAAACAAAGACAGAUUGAGCAAGAGAAGUUGGCUUCUAUGAAGAAGCAAGAUGAGGACAAGGACAAGGAUAAGGACAAAGACAAGAGGGACAAGGAAGACAAAGACAGCAGAGAAAAAAGGGAGAGAUCCAGAAGCCCAAGAAGACGCAAAUCAAGAUCUCCUUCCCCUAGAAGGAGAUCGUCCCCUGUCAGGAGAGAGAGAAAACGCAGCCAUUCUCGAUCCCCUCAUCAUAGAACUAAGAGCCGUAGCAUCACCCCUGCACCAGAAAAGAAAGAGGAGACUCCAGAGCCAGAGCCUUCUGUAAAAGCAAAGGAAACUUUGAUUCAAGAGGCAACCUCAACUAGUGAUAUCCUAAAAGCUCCUAAACCUGAGCCUGUACCAGAUACUAAAGAAACUUCUCCAGAAAAAAGUUUAAAAAAAGAGAAAGAGAAAGAAAAAGAAAAAGAGAAGCCUCGUCAGAGAUCACCGUCUCGGUCCAAGUCAAGGUCACGGUCAAGGUCUCGGUCCCCUUCUCAUUCCAGACCAAGAAGGCGUCAUAGAUCAAGGUCAAGGUCUUACUCCCCUAGAAGGCGGCCAAGCCCAAGACGACGGCCCUCUCCCAGGAGAAGAAGCCCUCCAAGGCGAAUGCCUCCACCACCCAGACACAGAAGAAGCAGAUCCCCAGUGAGAAGGAGAAGAAGGUCAUCAGCAUCUUUAUCUGGAAGUAGCUCGUCUUCCUCCUCUUCGCGUUCGCGAUCACCACCAAAGAAACCACCAAAAAGAAUUGUAUCCAGUCCUCCUCGUAAGACGCGUAGACUCUCCCCUUCUGCAAGUCCUCCAAGGCGGAGGCACAGACCAUCCCCGCCAGCAAGUCCACCACCAAAACCACGUAGGUCUCCAACCCCACAACAGACGAAUCGUGCAAGAAAAGGCCGUGGCUCUGUUUCUCCAGGCAGAACAUCAGCACCUAAACAUAAGAAUCCUGAAAAAAGAGAGUCUCCAUCACCAGCACCAAAGCCUAGGAAAGUAGAAUUGUCUGAAUCAGAAGAAGAUAAAGGUGGUAAAAUGGCUGCUGCAGAUUCUGUGCAGCAGAGACGUCAGUACAGAAGGCAGAACCAGCAGUCUUCAUCUGGUACACCACUACUUUACUCUGGUUCAUCAUCUUCCUCUGAAGAGGAACGACCUAAAAGAUCAAAUGUAAAGAAUGGUGAAGUGGGUAGGCGCAGGCGACACUCGCAUUCACGGAGUCCGUCACCUUCUCCACGAAAACGGCAAAAAGAGUCCUCCCCUCGGAUGCAGAUGGGAAAGAGGUGGCAAUCACCAGUGAUUAAAAGCAGGAGGAGGAGAAGUCCAUCACCACCUCCGGCCAGAAGACGGCGCUCACCUUCCCCAGCCCCUCCACCAAGGCGGCGCAGAUCACCUUCAUUACCUAGGCGAAGGUCUCCAUCGCCACCUCCACGCAGACGUUCACCUUCUCCCAGAAGAUACUCUCCUCCAAUACAACGACGAUACUCUCCUUCUCCUCCCCCAAAGAGAAGAACCAGUUCUCCCCCUCCCCCUCCAAAGCGAAGAGCAUCACCUUCGCCACAGUCAAAACGCAGAGUCUCGCAUUCUCCUCCACCAAAACAAAGAAGUUCUCCAGCUGCAAAGAGACGUUCCCCAUCUCUAUCUUCCAAGCAUAGGAAGGGAUCUCCCCCCAGCAGGUCUAAUCGUGAAACCCGAUCCCCCUUACAAAACAAACGGCAUUCACCUUCACCACGGCCUAGAGCUUCCCAUACUUCUGCAAGUCCACCCCCACUGCGAAGGGGAGCUUCAUCUUCACCCCAGAGAAGGCAGUCUCCAUCUCCAAGUACUCGACCCAUCAGAAGAGUGUCAAGAACCCCAGAACCCAAGAAGACAAAGGCUUCCACACCAAGUCCACAGUCAGCGAGAAGAGUGUCGUCAUCCAGGUCUGCAUCAGGAUCACCUGAGCCAGCACCUAAGAAACAUCAAGCUCCUCCAUCCCCAGCUCGGUCUCGGUCCCCUUCCACUAACUGGUCUCCGCAACCUGUGAAAAAGGCUAAAAGCCCCACACAGAGUCCAUCACCUGCAAGGAAUUCUGAUCAGGAAGGUGGGGGGAAGAAGAAGAAGAAAAAGAAGGAUAAGAAACAUAAAAAGGAUAAAAAGCACAAGAAACACAAAAAACACAAGAAAGAGAAGGCUGCUGCAGCGGCUGCUGCUGCUGUAGUGGCAGCUACUACCACAUCACCACAGGAGGACAAAGAAGCAGAGACAGAACCUAAAAAGGAGACUGAAAGUGAAGCUGAAGAUAAUCUGGAUGAUCUAGAAAAACAUCUGCGAGAGAAGGCACUGAGAUCAAUGAGGAAGGCACAAGUGUCACCACCGUCUUAGGCUGAAACCUUUGAUAUAUGUACAUUUUAUUUGGUUUGUACUCAGAAUUCAAUUUCAAAUUGCUAAAAUGUGUUUGAGCUUUAGAAUAUAACAUUUGUUGUAAUUGCUAGGUUGAGGUUCACCAUGUAAAAGGGCAUGGAUUUACAUUACAAAAGGCGUCCACAGUGUACUAGUGACAUUCUUUCAUUGACAGCUGACGUUACUUCAUUUAGAGUAAGACAUUUUCUUUAGAAGCAGUAAGAUUUUCUUAUAGGUUUUAAACAUUGUUGGCAACUCCACAGUUUCUUUAAAAUGACCAAAACCUAUCCAAUAUUUACGAAGUUCAUGUUUCGGAGUUUAUUGCAUCUACUUGCGUUAAACUACCAACCUUUGUGGGUUGUAGAUUUACCCAGAAGCAAAACCACUGAAUUAUCAAUGGUGUACAUACAGAUAUUUUAAUGCCAUAAUCUUUGUUCUUUAAUGUUGCCUGUAUAGCCUCCAUUAAAGUGAAUCAAGCAUAGAAAUUUA